CCUCUUUGUCCCUCUGUUUCUCACUGUGAAACUUCUUCAUCUCCCUUCUCUUCUUUUUACCUCACUUUGCUUUCAUUCUCCAUACCAUGUCAACUUCACUUUUUCUACCCUUCUAUCUCUCUCUCUUUCUCUCACAUCACAAAUUCUCCUCUUUUUAAAUCCUUCACCUCCAACUCUGAGAGCCUCAACCAUAACCCUUUUUCCUUGUUCAGUCAUCACUCAACACACUCCUUCACUUCACAAACACUUUGUGUAGCUGCUAUGGAAGAAUAUUACUACAAGAGGCAUCAUGUGCCAGCAUUUGGGAGCUGGGAUUGGAAUGAUAAUCUUCCCUUCACUCAGUGCUUUGAGUCUGCAAGACAAGCUGGUUUGUUAAGAUACAGUUAUUCUGAGUCUGAAGAUAGAGACCUUUAUGUCACUGGGGACUUGUAUGAGAAUGAUGUUGUCACACCUGCUAUGAUUGUUGUUCCUCGUAGAAGGGAAAAGGUACGUUGCCAGCAUGAAAAAAGAAGCAAAAAAGCAGAAUUGGGUGAGUAAUGUGAAGGAGCUAUCUAGCCCAACUAAUCCAAUUCCAAGACCAAAACCAAAGCCUGUUGAUGAAGACUUGUACAAGAUCUCACCAGAGCUACUUUAUGCCAAAACUAGGAAGGUCUUAAUUCUUUAACCCUUUUAA